AUGGCGUCCUUUAAGCCUUCGCAUAUUCUGGUGUUCGGUGCCACAGGCAACAUUGGCAAAUACAUCGUCAAUCGGCUCAUCACCGCUAAGCCUCCGUUCCCUCAAAUUUCGAUUUUUACUUCUGCCAACACAGUGUCCACCAAGGCUGAACUUUUGAACAAAUGGAAAGCCGCGGGAGUAUCAGUUGUCGUUGGUGAUAUUAAAGACUCGACGGAAAUUAAAAAUGCCUACCAAGGCAUUGACACCGCCAUCAGCUGCCUUGGCAGAGGGGCUCUACAGUAUCAAUUUGAGCUCAUUAAGCAAGCGGACGCGUCUGAAUCCGUGCGGUGGUUUUUCCCUUCAGAAUACGGCACUGAUCCAGAGCACAACCCCAGCAGCGCAAAUGAAAAACCUCAUACGUUCAAACGGGCAGUUCGCAAGAUGUUUGCUGAAGAGAUAAAAAAUCUGAAGCCGACGUACCUGGUUGUAGGGCCAUACAUUGAGAUGUGGGUUCCUAAAGAUUCAGUGAGCGGCUUUGACAUACAGAAGCGAGAAGCAACUCUGCUUGAAGAUGGCGAGCAGCCUAUUGGCUUCACCGCUAUGGAUGACGUUGGUAAAGGAGUGGUGGCUGCAUUACAACGCCCAGAAGUAUCUGUUGGCAAGGCGUUGAAGAUUGCUUCCUUCACAAAGUCGUCAAAUCAGGUUCUUGCUGAGUUCGAAAAGCAGCUCGGCGAAAAGUUCAACGUCACCUAUGUCCCGCUCGAAGAUGUAAAGAGCGUUGAGAAGAAGUUUUGGGACGAAGGUAAUCCGUUGGCAGUUGUAGCGGCGCUGCGACGUAUCUGGGUUACAGGUGGCGCGGUAUACGACAAGCUGGAUAACGAGGCUCUUGGGCUCGAUGGUCAACUGCAGACUCUGGAAGAAGCAGUUCGGAACAGAAUCGAUGGAAAGCCAUUCUAA